UUAACGAUGACUUCCUUGUUCGCUCAAGAAAUUCGCCUUUCUAAAAGACAUGAAGAAAUAGUAUCACAAAGAUUAAUGUUACUUCAACAAAUGGAGAAUAAAUGUGGAGAUCAAAACACAGAAAAGGCAUCUCAGCUGCAAGCAGCUGAGAUUGCUUUUAAAAGGAAUCUUAGUCUUUUAAAGGAUAUAGAAGCAGCAGAAAAGUCUCUGCAGACUAGGAUUCACCCACUUCCACGGUCUGAAGUGGUUUCUCUUGAGACUCGUUACUGGACAUCAGUAGAAGAAUAUAUUCCCAAAUGGGAACAGUUUCUUUUAGGAAGAAAACCAUAUCCUAUUUGUACUGAAAAUCAAAAUGAGGCAGAAAAUACCAUUCAAAAUGAGGCACAGCGAUAA